GGAGGACACGUCGUGCCCCACGUGCCAGCACCGAUCUGUGACCCACGGGCAAGGGUUGCACAGAGGCACCACUGAGAGCCACCAGGAGAAAGCCACUGAGAGCCACCGUUCUGAGCACGUGGCAACGGGGACGUCGGUGCCAACCCAAUCCUUGGUGUCACCACCCGCCCUCGGUGCCACCCCGUCUCCCCAUGGCGUCCCUUUGGGCUGUGCUGCUGCCGCUGGCUCUGGCUUCGGCGCAGGAAUCGCUGCUCAACAUCUGCAUGGAUGCCCAGCAUCACAAAUCCGAGCCGGGUCCCGAAGGGCUGCUCUAUGGGCAGUGCGUCCUAUGGAAGGACAACGCUUGCUGCACGGAGAACACCAGCGUGGAGGCGCAUCGGGACCAGUCCUACCUGUACGGCUUUAACUGGGAUCACUGCGGGGCCAUGGCGCAGCGCUGCAAGAGGCAUUUCAUCCAGGACACGUGUCUGUAUGAGUGCUCCCCAAACCUGGGGCCGUGGAUCGACCAGACGGAUUCGAGCUGGCGCCGCGAGCGCAUCCUCAACGUUCCGCUGUGCCGCGAGGACUGCGAGCAGUGGUGGGAGGACUGCCAGGAUUCGGCCACCUGCAAAGUCAACUGGCACAAGGGCUGGAAUUGGACCACAGGCACCAACCAAUGCCCCCACGGCGCCAUGUGCCAGAAGUUCAAGUACGUCUUCCCGACUCCGGCCGACCUGUGCGAAAAGGUUUGGUCCCAUUCGUACAAAUACACCACGGAGCGGCGCGGCAGCGGGCGAUGCAUCCAGAUGUGGUUCGACCCCGUCGAAGGCAACCCCAACGAAGCCGUGGCCAGGUUCUACGCCCUGGGCUCCGUCGCCAAGCCCCGACCCGCGCCCUUCGUCCUGCUGGCUCUCCUGGCCCUCGCCCUGCUGGGGGUCGCGCCGUGGGGAUGAGGGUCAGGGGGGUCCCGGUGCUGCUGUGAUACGGGGAAUAAAAGCUGGGGCUCUG